AUGUCUGAAACGUCCGAAAUGGAGUUACUACCUGGCGCAAAAACCGAGUCUGGAAAGGAAUUGCUUUCUGAAGGGAAAUUUGAAACGUCUGAAAGAGAAUCAAUGUCAGCCACAGGUCUUCCUGAAAAUAAAAAACGAAUACAUGACACAGAUGACUAUAGUUAUACUCUUGAUGACUCAAAAAGGCGAAGGAGAGAGGGAUCUGAAACGCCUGAAACACAGUCUCCCAAAUCAACAACAGCUUCAAUUUCACCUACUGCAACAUCAGAGAGAGACUCCACGACACCAACAUACUCUUCUAAUUAUAUGACAUCCUCUUUUUACUCGCCACUAGCAUCACUUUUUCCUAAAUCCGGAAUGUCUGCAUUGCAUCUAAAUGAGUCACAAAAGACUGCUCUGGAUAGAGCAAAGUCCUUUGCAAGAGAUAUACAAGCAACACUGCUAAAAUCAGCUGGAAGAGAUAGCUCACCACCACGUUUACCUUCUCUUUUUUUAUCAUCUAAUCCUGGAUUGGCUUCCGGAAUAGAUCCUCGUUCUCUUUCCGUUUUAUCACGUAUUUAUGUUGGCUCGAUAAAUUUUGAACUUACCGAACAACAUUUGCGCGUUGUAUUCGGCCAAUUCGGUUCAAUCAAGAGUGUUAGUAUGUCUUUAGAUCCUCUCACCGGAAAACAUAAAGGUUUUUGUUUCAUUGAAUUUGAAACACCGGAAGGUGCUUCUUUGGCUCUUGAAUCUAUGAACGGAGCCGAAUUAGGUGGAAGGCAGCUUAAAGUUGGGAGACCUAAUAACUAUACUGCUGCUACUGCCGCUGGUUUAUUACCACCUCCAAAAACUCGAAUAUACGUUUCUAAUGUUAACGAAUAUGUUAGUGAAGAUGAUUUGUUGAGUAUCUUUGAGUCAUUCGGUAAAAUUAUUCACUGUGCUCUUUUGCCGGACCUUAUAACAAGAAAGCACAAGGGAUAUGGACAAUCAAUCACUCCAGCAUCGUUCAGUAAUGAACUGUCCAUACUUUCGUUGAUAUUGGCACCACCGCUUGGACCGUCGACAUGGCUGUUCAUUGAAUUUUAUGAUGAAUCCGCCGCUACUACAGCUGUUAGUUCUAUGAACAAUUUUGAAUUAGGAGGUUUGAUUUUACAUGUUGGUAAGGCGGUGAUUGGAGGUCCACUGAGCGAGGGUAUGAAAGCAAUCGAAAAACUACCCCCGCUUCCUGUUGGUGUAACCCCACCGCCUACUCUUGUAGCAUCUCCUUCUGUGUCUGCUGCAGCUGCGGCUGCUAAAGCUCAAAAUGCUGCAGCGAAAAUAGCAGCUGAUUUAGCAGCUAGAGGGCAAGCUGCAGUUGAGUCCGUCGCACAAGAAGAGAAUAUGAGUAUUAGCGCUAGUCAACGCUAUGCGAUUAUGCAGAAAUUAGCACGAGCUGAGUCAUCUCCAGUUGUGUGCAUUCGUAAUGCUGUUGCACCUUCAGAAGUUGACGAAACGCUUGAAGACGAAUUUCAAGAAGAAUGUAGUAAUUACGGAGAAGUUUGCAAAGUGGUUGUUCAUAUUGAUUCGGAAGAAGGCUUUGAAGGUGAACGAGGUUUGGUUAAAAUAUUUGUUCAAUUUGAAGAAGGAGCCGACGCAGUGAAAGCCAAAGAGAAAUUAGAUGGUCGAUGGUUUGGAGGACGUCGUAUAAAUGCUACUUUAUUCGAUCUUAAAAAGUUUCAAACAGGAGAUUACUCUAACUAA